AUGACCCAAGAUCUUCUGAGCACCAGCCCUCUGGUGCCAGCUGCUGGCUCGUCCAUUGCCACCGUCACCCUGGAGCAAAAGGCCACCUUCGUCUUAGUCUUCUUCCUCUUCGCCUUCCUGGGCCUCCUCAUCAUCCGAUGCUUCCGCAUCUUACUGGACCCGUACCGGAGCAUGUCUUCCUCGGCGUGGACAGACUACAUGGAGAAAGACGCCCUGGACUAUAGGAUGGCGUGA